AUGCACCUCGAUGAAGCCGUCGCGGUCGGAUCCUUCCUCGUCUGCGUCGUCUGUUCGCACUUGCUCAAUCGUCAAAGGCACGAGCGACGGAUAAUUCACGACUCUCGCUUUCAGCCGUCCGUGGACGAGCGAUGGAGGAGGAAGAGGAUAAAUAUGAUGAAGAUGAAGAAGAAGAAGAACAGAAGAAGAAGCAAAAGUUACGCGUGGAAUGGCGAUGAUGACGAUAACGACACUCCUCGCGCGAUGAUGAGAGACGGAAGGAAAAGCGGAGAGUCGGAAACGAGAUUUCACGACGUGUCGGAAUACCUCUCCUCCUCCGACGAAGCGAACGAGAACGACUACGACAUCGACGAACUGUUGGACGGAGACUAUUUCGAAUCCGACGUCGACGAGGACUUUUUCGACACUCGGUCUCGUUUAUCCUCAACAAAUAAUGUCAGCUCGACGACGACGACGACGACGGGUGGUGGUGGUGGUGGUGGUGGUAGAAGAAAACUCGGCGAGUUGCCGGACGAAACGGCGUACCAGAUUUGGUCCACGGCAAAGCUCCGCAACCAUCCGUGCGUGCCGUAUUGCACGUGGCGGCUGAACGACGAAAACGAUACAGCUCAAAACGGAGGACGAGAUAUGCUUCUCGUGAGAAUAGGCGCGGCAAAUUCAGAGCUAUCUCACGAAAACAAGCAACUCAUGGACCAAGUGAUGGUGUCUACUUUAUACCACGGCGUCAAAACGCGCCUAUUAGAUCGAGACUAUCGAACAGUCCCAGGUCAAAUAGACGUCCUCAUCGACAUGCACGGAUGCGGUUUAACUAACCCGCCUCCUUUUGACGUCAUCGCGAGAGGCUUAUCCGCCAUCGGAGAGCUCUUUUACGAGCGCGCGAAAGUCCACAGGAUCGGUAACCCGCCGCGAGGAACGCAGAUUUUAAUCAACGCCGUCAUGGUGUUAUUACCGAAAGAGAUGCGAGAUUCCGUGAAGAUUGUCGUUUUGAGAGACAAACAGAGCGACGAGACCAUGAAGCGCGCGUACGAGGCGAAGUGUUUAGUCUGCGAUAGCAUGAAAUAG